AGCAAUUUUUCUUUCGUUCACAAACCCUACAACCGCCGCCGAAGUGAUCGACGGGCAAAGGAUCCAGCGACGUUCGUCUGCGUUCGUUAUCGUUGAGAACUCAGUUCUUAACAAGUUUUUUCCCUUCAUUUGAUAUCAAACUGCUCGGAUUUUUCAGCUGAUGCUGCUCUUACAUCGCUUGCAAUAUGCGGCUAAACGUAUCGUGAUUGUAAUGCAACAAAGAGGAGUACGACAACUACGACUUCAAAGUGAUUACGGAUAGUCUAGCCAAGUGAGUGCCAGCAGGAUAGCUCCACAAAUCUAGCCAUUGGUUAGUUUGUUCAAGCUAACUGAUGGAGAAGAUAUGGGAGAAGAAAUAGGCAAUCUUGUUAAGCUUGUUAUUUGAUUUGUUUAGCUGCAUUAAUCAUCUAUAAAUAUUGAGAUUCUUAGGAGAUAGAAAUCAUCUUGGAAGUAAGAUCAGUUUAGGACUGCAGUAGCCGUAGGCCUCUGCGGAGGAUUUAUAUUUUUAUUUUCUUUUCUUUCCAUUUCUGUUCUGUAAUCCUUCUUCAUAAUUAUUCGAGAGUUUCAUUCCAAAUUUGUCGGGUAAUCCUUUGGUGCAUUUUAUUCAAGCAGAUUGUGAGUGAGUUUAAAAAAAAAAAAAAAAAAAAAAAAAAAAAAAAAUCAGAGAUACGGUGUAUAAAGCAGAGGAUAUUAUUGAAUCACAGAUGGUUCAUCAAAUGCUGUCUAACCCAGAAAGCGAGAGCUUGACCUUUUCCACACCAGAUCUGCACCAAGUCACUCAAGAGCUGGAUUCUGUACUGGUUUUCAUGGCUGAGAAGAGGGUGACUUCGUCAGAUUUGCAACAACUUGAAUCUAUGAAGCUUGUGGAAGUGGAGGAAAAGAGUGUUUCAUCCUCGAGAUAUAAGACUGGUUUGGUGGGAGUUGAUACAGAUCUAUUGCAGUUGAAGGAUCGUCUCACGAAUACAGAGAGGAAGGUGGAGAUCAUUCCCCUCGUUGGUAUGGGUGGUAUCGGUAAGUCCACCCUUGCUCGAAAUCUUUAUGACGAUCCGUAUAUUGUGUCUCACUUUGAUUAUCGUGGGUGGGCUGCAAUUUCACAAGUUCCAAAUAUGCGAGAAAUUCUGUUAAGUCUUCUUCGGGGCCCGAAUGAAAAGGUCAACAAUGAACUGAUUGGAUGCGAAGAAAUUGAGUUGAAAGAAAUAUUGCAUAAGAGAUUGUUUGGACGAAGAUAUAUGAUUGUCUUGGAUGAUAUAUGGAGCACGAAAGUCUGGGAUGAGAUAAGGAUGUAUUUCCCGGAUAAUAAUAAUGGGAGUCGGAUUGUGAUCACUACUAGGGAAUCUGAUGUGGCGGAAUAUGUUGCGGGCUCGAACAGUUUGCAUCACGUGCAGUUGUUGAACAAGUCUGUGAGUCGGGAUUUACUUUGCCGGAUUGUGUUUGGAGAAGAGGAUUGUCCCGGUGAAUUGCAAGAGGUAGUAGCUAAGAUUGGGAGUAAUUGUAGUGGGCUUCCUCUUGCCAUUCAUGUGAUUGCAGGGCUCUUGUCAAAGGUUGAAAGAUCAAGAGAUGUCUGGGAGAAUGUUUCAACGGAUGUAAAAGCUUCAAUUGUUGAAUCGAACAAGCAUUUCUCAAAUAUACUUUUCUUGAGUUAUAACCACUUGCCGUUUCACUUGAAACCAUGUUUCUUAUAUAUGGGAGCUUUUCCAGAAGAUUACAUAAUUAAGGGAUCUAGACUUAAGAGUUUUUGGAUAGCCGAGGGAUUUGUGAAAUCCAAUGGAGAUAAGAGUUUGGAGGAAGAGGCCGAGGAUUACUUAAAAGCUCUGGUGGAGAGGAAUCUACUUUUGGUUAGACGAAAAAAGCACAAUGGGAAACCAAUGAGCUACUCAAUCCAUGAUCUUUUGAGGGAUCUAUGCAUAAGGAAGGCUAACGAGGAAAAGUUUUUAAACCUCAAGGAUUCCAUGCGCCGUGUAAGCGUUCACUCGUUUUCUGAAAUAGAAGAAGUGUGCGCUUCACCACAAUUGAUGUCCCUUGCUCGAUCUUUUAUAUGCACUGGGAAGAAGAUUGCAUCUCCUGUAUUUUCCAUGUUAAGAUUGGUUAGGGUGCUAGAUGUAAUGGGAAUCGAAUACAAAGAGUUCCCAGAAGAAAUACUUCAACUUAUCAACCUACGCUACUUAGCUUUCUCCUGCACUUCAGGUUUACCUAUUGGAAUAUCAAGAUUGUGGAAUCUGCAAACCUUGAUUUGUAAGCAAGUAAUGAUGCUUAGUUUACCUUCUGAGAUAUGGGAGAUGUCUGAGUUAAGACAUUUGAGGUCAGAAACAAUAAGUAAAAUUGGGAACGGAUACAAGAUAAGAUUUGUUCAUACGAAGCUGCAAACAAUUUUCCUUGUUUGGAUAACUCCUUCAUUGAUUAGGAGUGGUUUCUUUGAGAUCAUCCCAAAUAUCAUAUGGUUAGGAAUCUAUUACAUCCACUCACCAGACAUUGAGGUUGAUCUUAGCCAUCUUCACAAACUUGAAAAUUUAAGAUGCCAAUCUGAGUUGGAUAAAGUUGGUAGCUGUUUCCUGAUCAAACUCAGAUUUCCAUAUAGUAUUAGAAAGUUAACUAUAGUUGACUGUGUACUAUUUCGGCGUUUCUUGACAACACUAUGUGCAUUACCGAAUCUGGAAGUGCUCUAUAUAUGCAGAUGUGUGUUCGAAAGAGAUGCACAGGCAGAGGAAGAAGAGUGGGAGGUGACAGAAGGAGAUGAAUUUCGCUCGCUGCAGCAUCUGAACCUCCAGCUCUUAAAUAUAGUUCGUUGGAGAGCCAAGGAGACCAAUUUCCCUAAACUCCGGGAGCUGCAUGUAGUCAAAUGCAAUGAGCUUGAGGAAAUCCCCUGCGAUAUUGGUGAUAUCCCAACACUCCAAGAAAUUUACAUACAUGAAUGUGGCACUUCUGUCAUGGCCUCAGCACUACAAAUUCAGAAGGUGCAGCAAGAGGAGUACGACAACUACGACCUCAAAGUGCUUAUAGAAUAUUAGAAGUGAAAAGAUUUCUGCAACAGGAAUAGUUUCAGCAGAAUCACUCUUGGCUCGGGCUAAACAUAUGUAGUGCAAUAAAAGCUGCUGUUGCUGCUCUUUCAUUUAUUGCAAUAUGCUCCUAAACAACUCGUGAUUAUAAUGUGUUUGUCACACUUGUUAGUAUUUCGUAGUUUCUUGACAACUCUAUGUGGACCGCCGAAUCUGGAAGUGCUCAAUAUAUGGAAUUGUGUGUUUGAAAGAGAUGGAGAGGCAGAGGAAGAAGAGUGGGAGGUGACAGAAGGAGAUGAAUUUCGCUCACUGCAGUUUCUGAGCAUCAUUUCCUUAAAUAUAGUGCAUUGGAGGGUCAACAAGACCAACUUUCCUAAACUCCAGGAGCUGCAUGUAAUCAGAUGCAAUGAGUUAGGGGAACUCCCCUGUGACAUUGGAGAUAUCCCAACCCUCAAAAAAAAUUCAGUAUAUAAAUGUGGCUCUACUGUAGUUGCCUCAGCACGAAAAAUUCAGAAUGUUCAGCAAGAGGAGUACGACAACUAUGACCUUAGAGUGAUCAUACGACGUUAGAAUACAAAAGUUUCAGCAACAAGCAAGAAUCACUUUUGGGUCGAGUUAAAUGCAUGUACUGCAAUAAACGCUGCUGCUGCUCUUACAUCGCUUGCAAUAUGGUGCUAAAUGUCUCGUGAUUGUAAUGUGGUUGUCACUUUUGGAUGACGUUGCCAUCACAUAUGGUGCGGAAUUCUCAGAGGCUGUAGAGCAGAAGCAAGUGGCCCAGGAAGAGGCGGAGAGCAGGAGAGGAGGGCUGCUAUUAUUCGGGCUGAGGGUGAAAGUGAGUCCGCUAAGCUGAUUUCUGAUGCAGGGGAUGGGGUUGAUUGAGUUGAGGCAGCAAAGGAGAAUGUAGCAUCCAUGGCCAGGAAUGGGAAUGGGAAUGGGGUUUAUCAUGACAAAGAUGUCAUUUGAUGUUUCAAGUUAUUAUCAAUGUAUCCAUUCCUGUUGAAAUUCACUUGCAUGUGGUUUGUAUUGUUAAAUCAUGACAAAAUUAAUAUUCAUUCGUUCGUGAAUAAUUGACACUGAAUUUUACAUUCCAACUAAUCAAUUAAUUGUGGACAGGAGAGAA